CGAAAAAAUGGUAGAGUCUGAAUGGUACACCCGAAAUUGUGGUUAUUGUGGUAAUUUAGGGCCAAUAUGAUUUUUGUACUGAGAAGCACCAAACAAAGAUUGCAGAAGUUAGCGGCCUGUCUUGUUCUACCUUGCUGCAUGACGGACUCAUCGGGGAAAGGCUGGCGGGGUGACAUGUUACCGAACCGGACAGCUUUCACUGCGACACCGUGGUGGCAUGACCAGAAGCUGUUCGUGGGUUACCGUGUGGUGUGCGCCAUCUUUACCCUCGCCAUUCUCAUCUGGAGCGUCCCUACAGACAGCAACAGGUGGAUCAGUUUCUACUCCAACUGGAUGUACGCUACCCUCACCUUCCACUUCUGCUGGAGUGCAGCGGUCUGCCUACGGGAGUACCGCAGCAGUAAUACCGUACCUUCAGAAAGAACGCUCCGGAUUGGUUGGAUGCUGUAUGACAUGUCGAUGGCUACGUCAUUGACCGUGUCGGCUGAGUACUGGUUCUCCCCCUGGCCGGUGACUAUAGGACUCCGUAGUAUCCUCCGACACGCGUUGAACUCGGUCAUGGUUGUGAUAGACGUGCUGGUGUGCGGGAUUCCGUCUCGGCUUGACCGGGUGGUCUAUCCCGUACUCCACUCCGGUGUCUACAGUGUGUUCGUGGUGCUGUACUGGCUCGGUGGGUUCCGCGGCUACGACGGGAAACAGUACAUCUACUCCUUCCUGGACCUGAAUACCGUCCCACUACAAGCCACGGUUAUCAUGCUUGGCCAUACCUUCAUACUAACCCCGGUGUUCCACGUCGUGGUGUGCGCCUUGUGUACGGCACGUUUGAAACUGCUGAAGAAGUUAAGAAAUGAGAACGCCUACAUCCCUGUAAACGGGAAUUCGACACAGACUUCCGAAAUGAAGAUCGUCAGCGACAAGAUUGAGAAAAGCUCUGAUGCCCAGGUCCAAAUAAAUGGGGUGGUAUUUGAGAACAUCUAAAGAAAACAGUUUUUAUCUAGCAAAACAAUGAAACAAACAAACAAAUGAUCGAACAAUGUAGAAAGCACCAUAAACCAUAAUUCUAAAGGGGCAUUAUGUUAUUGUUAUUGAAAUUGAAA